AUGCGUUACGGUUACAUGGAAGAGUCUUUCUUUACUUGGUCUUUUGUCAAAGAAUUCUGGAUAAGAGUGCUGGAGGGCCUGAAUCACAACGAAUACGACGUACCCUUUGCGCUUCUUUAUACCGUUACCGAGGCAGACGACAUUGAGAAUGGUUCCUCGCAUUCAGAUGCAACGCCAACGUCUGUCAAGUCAUGCGUGUUCGAAGGAUCUAUCGGCGUGCCGAGAGGGCAUGCAGUGUCUCCCGACAAAUUCAGCUUCAAGAACUACGAUGGUAUCUUGACACCUGCUUUUCGAGCAGCUACCCAGACCCUGGAGCCCAGGAUGUUGAGCAUCAAAGACCAUACGCUUCCACAGCCACUGUUAGACAUCAUCGAAUGGCGCGGCUACAAGGAUCCUUGCAUCAAUCCACGAAGGGCUUAUGAUCAUGAGUACAGGUCUUUCAUCGCCAUGCUCAAUAGACAGAUCGCCACGUCGUUGGCGUCAGUACUACUUUUCGAAGGUGAAGUGCGGCAAAGCAAAGAAGUCGCUGAGAUGGCUACCCUACAAAGAGAACAGAUGUCUCGACAGCUCCAACUUCAGACCGGACGAAUGCGCCGAAUGACCGAACUAUCGCCCAUGGGCAUGUAUCUAUUCAAUCCGGAUGGACUUUUAUUGGAGGCGAACGAGAAAUACUACGAGAUGACAGGUGUCUCACCUACAGGAACCAAACUACCUUGGACUAUUGAGAUGAUGGUGGGUGAGAGCAAGCAAGUGGCACAAGACAUGUGGAACUAUAUGAUAACUCACCAUAAGCCAGCAAGUCGUGAGCUACAAUUCGCCAACUCGACAUUCCAGCCCCGAGAUAUCGACGGUUCACUAAUCGAAUAUUGGGUCCUCUCUGCUAGUCAGCCAGAGCUAAGCCCCGAUGGUGAGCUGAUCAGCAUCAUGGGCUCGCUCACGGACAUUUCGCAUUUGAAGUGGGCGCAGGGUCUGCAGGAACGAAGACUACGGGAGGCAGAAGAGGCAAAGCGUCAACAGAACGAAUUCAUCGACAUCACGUCGCACGAGAUGAGAAGUAGCGAUAUCCCCCCUAUGCUGGUUGCAGUCGAAAUGUUCCGUCCUGAAAUACAAGCCAAGAACAUCAAAUUCAAGUUCGUUCCGCAUCAGAGUAUCCGGGACCUCGACAUUGACUGGGUCAUUCUUGAUCCAAGUCGACUCCUUCAAAUUAUCGUCAACCUUAUUACCAAUGCCAUCAAGUUCACUAUGGACGCACCAGUUCGCUCGAUCACAGUUCAUGUCUGUGCUCAUGCGGAAUCGCCAGACUUUGGCGUACCAGAAGGAUUCCAAUUUGUUCCGCCAAGACAAAUCGUGAGCGAAUUCGGAAACGGCGAGGGUUGGGGCUCAGGCUCGUUUGUCUAUCUUCGGUUCAAUGUCCAGGACACUGGAUGCGGUUUGUCGCCUCAGCAGAUAUCGCUGCUAUUUGAGAAGUUUGCGCAAGCUUACGGCGGUAGCGGUCUCGGACUCUUCAUCUCGCGCCAACUUGCCGAGCUUCACGGCGGUCAAAUCGGCGUCUCGUCACAAGCUGGCGUCGGCAGUACUUUCGGGUUCUACUUGAAAUGCAAACGCAUGAUUGCAAAAAAGCCUACGAUCUCAACGGAUACAGUGAAGCACGCUCUAGACGCCGAACACGCGGCAUCUUCGCGCAAAAUCAGCGCCGCAGCUGCGAACCAGAACUCCACCGCGCCCGCUGCCACGCCUAGGGAAGUUGAGACCCCGGUACAAGCACAGAUUCCCCGGCCCACAAACGACAAGAAAGACGGAGAAGAAGAUGACCGACUUCACGUUCUUGUCGUCGAAGACAAUCUAGUCAACCAAAAGGUACUAGUGAAACAGCUCACAAAAACUGGCUGUGUCACAAAUACCGCCGAUAACGGCGUCUGGGCAUUGAAGCAUCUCGCGAAAACGAAAUUCUGCGUUGCUAAUGGCAUGCCACUCACCAUCAUUCUCAUGGACUGCGAGAUGCCGGAGAUGGACGGCCUCACCUGCUGCAGGAAGAUACGAGAGAUGGAGGAACGGAAAGAGAUUACGAAGCAUGUGCCAAUCAUUGCGGUCACCGCGAAUAUUCGAGGGGGACAGAUGGAUGACGCAAAGGAAGCGGGUAUGGAUGAUGUUGUUGGAAAGCCGUUCAGGAUUCCGGAUCUCUUGGCCAAGAUGAAGGCCUUGUUGAAGAAGCUAGAGGACUAA